AUGGCUGCUGCCUUUGACCCUACUUCAUCUACCUUUACCUCCUUGACCACCACUAGCUCCUUGAACCUCCCUACUACUCCAAUAAAAACUACCUCCUCAGACACUACUAGUAGUAGUGUCACCCAAUCCCAAAGCUCUCUCUCAACUGACAGCAGGACCACCACAAUUGGGUUUUCUGUGCCCACAUCCACUGCACUGUCACCAUUGCCCAAUGCUAACACCAACCAAUCAAGUUCCUCUUCUAUAUCCACAGGAGGAAUUGUUGGGAUUAUCUUUGGGGUUGUAGUAGUACUCAUAACUUGCCAUGGGAUAUUGCUACUCCUGCGACGCUGGUCGUUGCGUUGGCCAUCCGUUGUAAAGAGCAGGUAUAACAGGAAGGAAGCUACCGAAGCACCUGAAUUACGCGUAGUUACAGUGGACGGAGAUACUCAGGCUGCAGUGUCACUGCUUUUGCCCCCAGCAUCUGGUCAACACAGUUGGACAGAUGGUGAGAUAAAGCGUAUACUACCCGAUUCCAACGUCGGGUCUGAGAGUUUGCAGACAUCAAACGAGCCUGUGACUUCGAUGAUGCAGGAAGUGGACAGCCUUCGUGCACGAAUAGCAGAGAUUGAACGACGGCAACAGCAGGAGACAACCAGAAACUUGAUCCCACCGGAUAUCAAUGUAAAUGGGACCGAAGAUACUCAAUCGGCGCCGCCAGCAUAUUCGGAUGAUGGGCGUCCCUAG